AAAAGGAGUGCCCCCCUGCUCAAAGUCCAAAACUUCAAACAAACAAAGUCCAAACUCCAGGCUCGCUUCCCCACAUGCCCCUUACCUUUUUCUUCUCGAUUAUGAAAAACACAGAAGCAUCCAAAAGCAAGGCUUCGGCGACACCAGGCUUGCUUCCCCACCCACCCCCAACACCUUUUUUUCUUCCUCGGUUAUGAGAAAACAGACGCAUCCAACAGAAAGGCCUAAGCGUACUUAUAUUAUCAUUAAUGGAAAAGUGCAAGAAAAUAAAAAAGAUUGAAAGAACAUGGGAGCUCGUGCUAGGUUGAAAGUUGAGAGAGAGAGAGAGAGGAAUCCCAGAGGUAGCGGCUGUCCCUAUAUCCUGCAUAGAUAUCUGCAUGGGGAUGCUCUUCUCAUCUCAGGCAACUCAAAUGUGAAAUGCCCCCUUUCGUGUUAUUAUUACAACAUAAAAAUCUAGCCUCUCCCUCUAGCCGAGAAAACACCAGAGCCUCUAUUUUUUUCCUCCAUCCUUCCGUUAUUUGUCUCCAUGGCUAGUUGUGCUUUGCUUGAUGUUGGUGUCAAUGGCAGUAGCAGCGACGAAAAUAGAGAUCGUAGUAAUAUCUUCAAAGGUCGAAUACCCUUGACCAGUGCCUCCAACACCAUUAAUGACGACGCCGGCACCUGCGAGGACCUGCCUCAGAUCAAUCGUGGUCUUCCGCAUCGCCAGCCCAACGGAAAGAUACUGAGGAAGAGGAUGGCCUCUGAGAUGGAGAUGGAGGUUCAGGCCACCUUUGCCACAACCACCGGCAAGAAUGAUUAUACGAGGUUAUCCUGUUCAAGUAUUAAUGCCACAAGCACCACCGCUGUGUCUUCCAUGGGUGGUGGCUCUUUCCCAGCGUUGGCAGCUAGCAACAAUAUUUGUGUUGCUUCGGGAGAUGCUUUCCUCAAACCAAGUCCAAAACAGACCAAGUACUACUCCACUUUGCUAGAUUCUUCCACGAAUUUGACCACUUCGAUUUCAGGCGGGGGCUCUUGUGGGGUUCUAUCUUGUGUUACACCUGCGAGCUUAAGUCAUGAUCAUGGCGACGAGAGGCUCUCGCUGCAGCAUCAGCAUUAUCAGCUCCUGAGCCAGGAUCCUGCUGUUUGUGGGUUCUCGGGCCUACCCUCGUUUCCUUCCGAGAGCUAUCAAAACAAUAAUAAUAAUAAUAAUAGUCACAGCAAUAUCAGCAGAAGCGUUCCUAACCGGAGUGGUGCCGUUGCUGUCACUCCUUCGACGGAAGAUAGCUCCGCCAAAGCGUGGAUCGACGGCAUCAUAAAAGAUCUAAUCCAUAGCUCCAACAACGUUUCAAUUCCACAGCUCAUCCAAAACGUGAGAGAGAUCAUCUAUCCUUGUAACCCCAACCUCGCCGCCCUCCUUGAGUACAAGCUCCUCUCCCUGACGCCACCCGACCCUUCGCCAAUCUACUCGGAGGGAAGAAGUGCGGCGGUUCAGCAGCAGCAGCAGCAGCAAGGCGGCCUGGUGCAAGGUUCUUCAGAGAGGAUUAAGUUCAAUCAAUUAGAUUCUGGUAAUUUUUCUUCUCCCAAGCAAAUAAAUCAAUUGUACUUGCACCGGGGAAUUGCACCGCUGCCUAGCGCUUCUCCUGAGCCUGCCGUCGACAAUCAUCACCGUCAACAGCAGCAGCAACAACCAUGCGCUUCAUCACGUCUUUCGUUGAAUCAAGUGCAGAAGCAGGGACAACAAGAACAGGAAAAUUCUUCAUCAGCGGAGACUGAAAGGCAAACAACGCCGACAGCUACUAACACUACAAGUAUUAGUAAUGGCGUCGCAAUCUAUUCGAGGGAGAAGAAGGAAGAGAUGCGUCAGCAGAAGAGAGACGAAGAGGGCUUACACCUUCUGACCUUGCUCCUGCAAUGCGCCGAAGCUGUAUCGGCAGAUAAUUUCGAGGAAGCGAACAUGACGCUGCUGGAGAUUUCCGAAUUGUCGACGCCCUUUGGCACGGCUGCGCAACGGGUGGCAGCAUACUUCUCAGAGGCAAUGUCCGCAAGACUGCUGAGCUCGUGCCUUGGAAUAUAUGCGGCGCUACCCCAUAGCCAGAGCUACAGCCAAAAGAUGGCUUCGGCCUUCCAGGUGUUCAACGGCAUCAGCCCCCUGGUGAAGUUCUCCCAUUUCACGGCCAAUCAAGCUAUACAAGAAGCAUUUGAAAGGGAAGAGAGGGUUCACAUUAUAGAUUUGGACAUCAUGCAAGGGCUCCAGUGGCCUGGCCUCUUUCACAUCCUUGCUUCUAGACCUGGAGGACCUCCUUAUGUGCGCCUCACUGGCCUUGGCACCUCCAUGGAUGCUCUCGAGGCUACCGGCAAGCGCUUGUCGGAUUUCGCCGACAAAUUGGGACUUCCAUUUGAGUUCGUUCCUCUGGCGGAAAAGGUCGGGAACAUAGAUCCGGAGAGGCUGAAUGUCAGCAAGAGGGAAGCACUCGCCGUCCACUGGUUGCAACAUUCCCUUUAUGAUGUAACUGGUUCAGACACCAAUACGUUGUGGCUUCUGCAGAGGUUGGCUCCAAAAGUGGUGACAGUGGUAGAACAAGACCUGAGUCAUGCAGGCUCCUUCUUGGGAAGGUUUGUGGAGGCAAUACACUACUACUCGGCGCUUUUCGACUCGUUAGGGGCAAGUAGCUACGGGGAGGAGAGCGAGGAGAGGCAUGUGGUAGAGCAGCAGCUGCUAUCCAGGGAGAUUCGGAACGUGCUGGCGGUCAGGGGGCCGUCGAGAAGCGGAGAGGUGAAGUUCCACAGCUGGAGGGAAAAGCUCCAGCAGUGUGGGUUCAAGGGCCUUUCUUUGGCUGGGAAUGCCGCCACCCAGGCAACCUUGCUCCUGGCCAUGUUUCCUUCUGAAGGUUAUACAUUGGUGGAGGACAAUGGCACGCUCAAGCUUGGCUGGAAGGACCUUUCCUUGCUCACUGCUUCCGCCUGGAGGCCAAAUUUCCUUGCCGCUACUGAUUUUUGAUUUCCAGUACUAUUUGUUCCUUCCAAUGCAAGAAAAUCCAUGCACUUAGCUGUCUAACUUCCCUCAAUGAUAAAUAAUUAUGCCUCUAAAAUUGUUGCCCCUUUCAAGUCAAUUAUAAGGGCUCAAUUCAUCUCA